AUGUUUCGUCGUGGUCUUUUAGCUCGCGGCAUCGUCGAGAAGUUCACGAAGGAGAAUUUCACGAUUUCGCGCCUUAGUAAUGGCCUACGCGUGGUGUCGGUUGACGACGGCGGCGGCAUCACCGGCAUGGGGCUCUUCAUGCUCAACGGAUCGAAGUUUGAGGACCCCUCCAACGUCGGCGCGGCGGCCGUUUUCGAGUCGAUGCCUCUCUGCAGCAACCAACUCCUUAGCGGGAAGGAAGUGAGCGAGGCGCUCGGGAUGUUCGGCAAUGCCUUCCGGGUUACGAACAACAAGGAGGCGAUGUGCGUCAUGCUCAUGCUUCCGCGUUACCACCAAAAAGAUGGGUUGGAGCUGCUCAAUGCGAUUUGUUUGCACCCCACCCAGAACCCCACUGAGUUCGAGGAGGCAAAGGCGAAGACGUUGCAGCGCGCGACCCUGAUGGAGCGGGAUGCCUCCGGGAUGUGCUUUGAGCUCGUCCAUGAGGCCGGGUGGGAUGGGAAGGGCCUUGGCAACCCCACCAACCCCCCGCCAGAGGCCCUGGAGCGGCUUACGUUGGCGUCCUUCACGUCUUUUUACCGCCGUUGCACCCGCCCGGAUCGCGCGGUGCUCGCCGCCACGGGGGUUUCCGAUCACGAGGCCUUCGCCCUCCUUGCCGAGCGCGUGUUGCAGUUCGACUACGACGACGCGCCGUUCGACUUUCCCGUCUACCCUUACACCGGGGGGGUUCGUCUGGUGCAGCAGACGGAGGCCCCGGAGAGUAUGCUCAAGUUCCGCGAGAAAAACCUCAGCCACAUGGCGCUUUUCUUCCAAGGGAUCCCAAUGUCGCAUCCGGAUUACUACACCGUCUCCGUCAUCCAGACCCUCCUCGGCGGCGGCACGUCCUUCAGCUCCGGCGGGCCGGGCAAAGGCAUGCACACGAAGCUCUUCCGCGAGGUUCUUAACCGGGAAGGCGGGAUCAACGGGAUGGAAUGCAUCACGGCGUGGUAUAGCGAUGGCGGGUUGGUCGGGCUCUACGGGACCGCCCCGCACGAGAACGCGCAGCGGCUGUUAAAGCUGAUGAUCUUUCAAGCCGCCACCAUCCCGCAGCGGGUGAGCGAGGAGUACCUCGAGAUGGCGAAAAACCAGCUGAGUUCGCAGCUCAUCCUGCUCGGCGAGAGUCGCGAGCAGCUGCUGAGUGAUAUGGGGUUUAACUUCCUGGUGCAGAAUCAUGUAAUCACGACUCAGGAGACGAUGCGCGGGAGCGCGAGCGUCACUUUGGAGAGCCUGGAGGAGGUGUGUGCAAAGAUGAUUCAGAAGCCCGUUACCUUUGCGGUAUACGGUGAGACCAAGGGCAUGCCCACGCAGGAAAAAUUAGAAGCCGCUAUCCGAAAGACUUACGCCUAUGCAAAGGAAAGAGGCGACAACAACUAA